UAAUUCACUCGAGUUGUCGCCCGCCGUUUCCUCUCUCAGAGCUCGGCUCUUCCUUAGCAGUCUAAGAAAGCAAAAUGGCGGACUCGAAGGCGGUCACUAUCCGAACAAGGAAGUUCAUGACCAAUCGCCUUCUGUCGAGGAAGCAAUUCGUCAUCGACGUGCUUCACCCAGGAAGAGCCAAUGUCUCCAAGGCCGAAUUGAAGGAGAAGCUGGCGAACCUUUAUGAAGUAAAGGAUCCGAACACGAUUUUCGUUUUCAAGUUCAGGACGCACUUUGGAGGAGGGAAGUCGACUGGUUUUGGUUUGAUCUAUGAUACGUUGGAGAAUGCAAAGAAGUACGAACCCAAGUAUCGGCUCAUCAGGAAUGGGCUUGCCACGAAGGUUGAGAAAUCAAGGAAGCAGAUGAAGGAAAGGAAGAACAGGACAAAGAAAAUUCGAGGGGUCAAGAAGACAAAGGCUGGAGAUGCUGCUAAGUCUGGAAAGAAGAAAUAGAGCUAAUUCACAUUUCUCUUAUUUUUGGUUGAGAAAUUUCAAAUGGACGGUGCAUUCAUUUAGGCAAAACUACUGUGAACAUUUAAAUGCUCUCAGUUUGGAGGCAUUAAGAUUUAUUUAUUUUCGAGAUGUAAUGAAACUCAAGCACAUUAAACUCUUUUAUAACUUUGACAUAGGCCAUACUUUAAUUAA